CUUCAAUUAUUUUUGACGACUUAGCUCUUUCAUGGCAACUAAUUACAAGUUAUGUUUACAAUGAAGAUCCAGUCAAGCAUUAAACCUUAUGUGAAUGACUAUGCAAAUAUCUAAAGGAAACAAUCAAGGCAUAUCCAAAAUUCGUGACUUUAUAGAAUCGGCUGAAUCUCUUGGCCAUGAUCGAUCUCAAGGUUUAAACAUCCAUUUGCAUUAUAUUUUGUCCAAUCUUUCCCCUACAUGGUUCGCACAAUCGAAGGUUUUCGACAUCAGUUUGCUAGACUUGCAACAGCGUUAGCUAUUUUAACUAGCACAAGCUGCCAAGGUAAGGACUCCCAAUAAUCAUAACUUUUGUUAUAUUCCUUAAUGCAAAACGGAGCUUUUUAUAUGGAGGUUAUUGCCAGCACAAUAAUAAAAGCCUCGUGACGAAGAAGCAAUGAGAUCAGCUCAGUGGAUAUGUGCGAAAUACCUCAGGUUAGAAGCUGUUGUAUACCCUGCAAACUGAGGUCUGUCUAAAAUAGCCCGUUUAUUAUACUGUGCUACUGGAUGUAACAUAAAACGUAGAAACCUUUAUUUAUUACACACAUGCACAAAGCAUACAGUGAACACGUCAUGCAAUGGACUUGUUGAACUAGCAACUGUCGCGGAAACUAAACGAUGUUUCGGAGAAUGAGUUUAUAGCAUCGAAACAAACAUAUGCUGCGAAAACUGUAAUAUGAAACAAAUGUUUCAAAGUCUAGCCACAUUGAAGACACAAUAAAUUAUUUCAAGUGAAAGUUUUCUGGCGAGUAAUACAGAUGAAAAGUCUUUCAACUUCGCCGUUUUCUGUGAGAUUAAUCAGUUUGUCACCUACUGUAAUUUGGCUCGAUCACUACCAACGAGGCUCAAAUCUGUUUUCUAACAAUGUUUCAGGGGCACCCAACGAGGAUUUAGUUCAAAAUCACUUAAACAUAGCAUUGUUAAGCGUAUUUUAGUAGUUUAACGGUAGAGUAUAGGCAUAUUUUUAUCCCCUAAAAAUUUUUCCUCUGUUCGGAUUUCCUAGCUGAAAGUCUAGUGAUCCGAAAAUUAUAGGGAUCAAAACUUACCUUUUCGAAAAUUUCAGCCAGAAAAAAAAAGGCUCCCCAAAUUUCUAGGUGACCUAUUAAGGGUACAAAAUCCGUUAAAAAUGGGCAAUUAUACCAUUUUUAGAUGUUCUAAAAUCCUAGGAGAGGCAGGCAAGCAAGAAAUUUUGCAACAGAUGUUCCGAAAAUUCUAGAUCUCAAUUCGUCUUCCGAACAGAUAUAUUGCGCAAAUUGACGUUGACUGCCCCUGAAUGUUUCUUCCGUCAGAAAUAUCAGGAAAUGGACUUGGCGAAAUAGUCUAUGACUUAUUCACACCAAUACAAAUCAAACGUGCCGACAUCACCAAGAGCCGCGAGAAGAGGGAAGAGGAUCUCAUAUUUAUGAAUAACACGAUACAGGUGAGUUAAAUCAAAUCCAUUCCUGACUCAAUUUCCACAUGGAUGAAGAAGACAACAUGAUACACGACACAGUGACACACAUUAUUAAGUCUAUUAUUAUUCCAAUAUUCGUAGAACAAUCACAAGUACUACACGUCACAAUUUAAUCCUGAUGGCUGGCAAAUGUGGAUCGAUCUUAGGAGUAAGGAUGGAAGCGUUUUUGAUGAGCAUUUGUCGUCAGCCAAACUCGCCGUCAAAGACAUCAAACUGCCUUUUGAAUUCCCAUACUAUGGUCAUUUGGUAACAAAUGCAACCCUAACAAGCGGGGGUAAGUAGGUUUUAGGUGCAAGCUUGCCUAUUCCCUGUCCUUCUCGGUUAAUGCAUUUCGGUGACGUAUCCAAGACAGCCGGAACCCUAACCCUAACCCAAAAACUCGCUCGGACCACGUUACCCGAAACGCAUCGGCCGCUCGCGAUAAUGAGGCCUAGAGAAUGGGCAAGGUGGAAGCUAUACCGACUAUUAAUUACAGCUUGAUGGCUUUUGUGUGUGUGUGUGUGCCCAGGUUGCACAAGGUGGAAAUAUGACCGUCGGCACUGUUGGUAACCGAAAUAUAAGGAUUUGUGUGGGCAAAAAAACCCGAUUAUUUCUGUAACCUACAAAUAAGAAAAAAUUCAAAUAAAAACGGCCAACGUCGCUUACGCUUUGUGCGUUUCUUCUUUCUUGUGUGUGAUUCCUAAGAUGAUUUACGCCCACUGCGUUUUAUGGGUUUUAUUGGAACUGGUUGGCUCUCUCUAUAGAUCUCUAUUUUAAUUAAAAUUAAGGAUAUUAAAAGGAUUAAACUGGUAGCUAGGGAACCACACCGGAAUGAAGAAACACACCGUAACUAAGGUUGGUCAAUUUUAUUUAAAUCGUUUCACAUUCGUAGGGUUCAAAAACAAUCGUUUUUUCCUCAUAAAAAUGUUUAUCCCGGGCCCCGAUGUCCCUUUUGGUUCGAAUACCCAUAUAGUUUAAAAUAAUUUGAGCUUGGAACACCUGUGGUAUGUGUGGAUAUCGUGCAAAGUUAAUUUUUCGGUUUUUCCUCUUUUGCAUCACAUUCAUACCCAGGUUUUUAAAUUAUCCGACGAAUAGAAGAAGACGGCCGCACUGCAGCCUUAUUGAGAAUGAGUGCCAGGCUCGGCGGAUGACCACAAAGAACAAGUGGCGGUACCGUCCAUCUCCAGCUGGAAAUCAAAAUAAACUCCUCUUGCUAUGGCAUAUGAAACACAUUUUUAAUGUCUCCAACAUUUUUCGUUUUAGGAUUUAUCAAUUUGGGAGCAUCAACAAAGCGCCAGAUAGCAAAUUUCCAAUUUGUGGCUCCAUUAAUGGCGUUCUUCGAUCCCUCACUUAAUGACACAAGCACUGUGCAUUACUUUGGUGAUGGUGAGUAUCUAUCUACCCACACAUCUUUGAUUUUCUUUGAAAGUAGGUUACUAGACCUUACUACAUUGUUCUAUUCCAAAAGCAAGCAGCACGUCGGUCUUUUCUGUGCAACAAAACUUGAAAUACCAAAGCAUCAACUUCCUUGAACUUAUGACCCAAAAACUAACCAGUACUAACCAGUACUGUAUAUAACGUAUAUUGCAAUAUACUAUAGUAUCGGUGACACCACUGAGUCAGUAAAGUAUGCCGUAUAGCUGAUAGCAUGACUGCAUUGUACUUACGCGUUCAUUUUUAUACACCCUUGUAUUGCGCGUAUUUCUACGGCUGAAUUUGUUGAGCCUUGUGGUACACAGUUUCAGUAGCAGCCAUACCUUGAAAAUCAGGGCUCCCAAUAAAAUCGGAGAGUAAGCCUCCAACCUCUUUUAAGCCCCCAUGAUACUCCAAAGAGAGGGCUAAGUACAGGAACUGAUACAGUAGCCGCUGUCUCCCCCUACAAGAAAGGAACACUACCUACAAGUAUCUGAUCAUCAUGUUAUAUAAGGCGUCUGUGCUACCGCUCUUUCAUUAAUGUUCACUUAAUAUAUGGCACUUCUGUGCGCGAAAAAUCGUGAUAAACUACAGCUUUUAAAUAAACGCAUUUCGAAAUUUAUUGUUAAUUAUGCAAAUUCUAGUUAUGAAGAAUUGCUAAACAAGGCUAAGACAACAUCGAUAUCCUUGUAAAGUGGAAGAAAUCACAAAAUGCUUAUUGUAGUGUUUAAAAGUUUACUUGUCUCUGCGUCUCUUACAAGAAGCUGUUUUCUCUUUGCAGCUCUAAAUAUUUUUUAAGAGGGAAUAAUGUACCGAGUUUACCUGAACCUAAGACAACCACUUGUGGACUCGAGUCCAUCAAGUACGAAGCUGCAAAGCUUUGGAACUCACUUAAAGACGACAUGAGACAAAUAGUAUCAAUCGAUGACUUUAAAAAUUCCUUAAGAAAUUUGAAUUAUCAUUAAAAUUAGUUUCGUAUGUUUUUUACUAACUUUAAUAAUUUUCAAUAAGUUUUACUUCUAUUUUGCUCGGAAAUAUUAGCUCAAAAGAGCUACUUCAGUAAAUUCGAAUUCAAAUAAUGUUUAUGUAUGUAUUUGUAUGUAUGUAUGUUCCUAACUAAGAUAAAAUUUAUCAUUCGAGUUGCCAGACGGAGUUUAUUUACAAGGACCAUGUAAAAAACAGGAGACAAUUCAAGAGAAAAAAAUAUUUUUCCACCAGGAAAUGAGACCUUGACCUAUCAAAAGACAAAAAAAGGAAAAACAAGCGUUACUCUUAUCAACUUCAGGACUGGGGCUGUUAUACAAAGCCAUUUUCGUGUAACCUGUGUUGGAAUUUUGUUGUGCCCUCGCGGCGAGAGAAGUGCCAGGUUUUGUACGUUCCUCCUUAUCCUAACUUGGAUGCUUGUUUGCUUCUCUGUUGUAGGACAAAAAUUUAUUGUUCAGUGGUCUAACAUUCUUCUACAUGAACAUCCUCAAGGUAAAAGCGUCAAGUUGUGAAAGAAAAAUGCAAAGCUUAAAAGGUUUUUUUUUUAAAUUCAUGUUUGCUUCAUUUCAGCCGGUGGUUUUACCUUUCAGUGUACGCUUAAUAAAACAGGUGAAAUUGUCUUCUCUUAUCACCAGGUAAAAUUCAUUAUAUUUUACAUUUACUGUGCUUUAAGGUUUGAACUCAGGAGUCAUUUCAUAGUUCGUUAACCGAUAUCAAUGUACUAUAUUCAAACUCGGUUCAAGAAUUGAAAUAACUGGUUAACAUGAGUAAUCUAUGCAAUUUUUAGCUCCGUGUAAGGCAAACGUAAUACACAAUAAGGUGACAUAUUUUUCUCAAAAACGUAUAGAGUACAUCAGACUCAAAUUUUCCAAGAUAGCUAACCUCAAUGCAGGUCUUUCAAAAUUCAGAAGCGCUAUUUCAAUAUCUACAUCAGAAAAUAACAAGCAAUCCGCCUGCAACGCACAUUUUCAGCAUUGUUUUAAAAGCUUUUCUCACUUGAGUAACAUCAAAGUCUCCUCCCAAACUUUUCUCGCAGAUUCCAAUUCCGGUCCGUAACAUUUCAAAUGCUUCCCAUGCCGUAAAUAUGGGUAUUUCAGAUGCAUACUAUGUGGACACACUAAGACACUACUAUGGCAUUUGUAAGUACUUUCUGCAUAUUAAGUCCUCUUCUUAUACAAAACGUCUACAAACAGAAAUGGACCGAGUAGACUCUUAGUGCGUACGAUGCCUGCCGUAUUGAAUUAUAAAUUUAGGGUCAGUUUGCACCAAAAUGUCAAAAUGAGAUGCAUCUGUCUCUUUCCAAAACAGUAUCUGCUGCGCUUAUGUUGUUACUACUUAUCGAACCAUUCCUAUUCUCACUAGAGCCUUUUCCGAGCUGUGCCUAGUCCUUAGGCCUCAUUAUUCUGCGCGGCCAAUUCGUUUCUGGUCACGUUGUCCAAGGGAAGACGUGAUACGUCACCGAAGUGAAUUGACCGACAAUGCCUGGGAAAACGCCAUACAGGGACUAGGCAAAGCUGUCCCAAGCUUCUGUUUCAAAGCGAGAUAAAACUCAUUUCCAUAAGCAAGGUUUUACACUUGGACUUUGAGAGUAAGAGUUUUUGGAGUCGAGAUGUCCUCACAAUACUGAACUUGCAAUCCUGUUUCCAUAGGCCACAUUAGCCUUCUGGCAACGAGAAUGACGUCCUUGUUGCUAUGUUUUAUACGACCUUGUUCUUAUGUUUAUGAAGUACUGGGUCCGGUCUUAUACAACCCCUCAUUCAGCAGAGAGUGGUGUGAUUUCUUUAUCCAAAUUUUUUAUUAAUUUAAUGAUCUGCUGACCUUCAGGGCAAAUAUUUCGUACAUUUUAUACUUAUGAUGCAGUGCAUAUCAACCAAAGUUGGGCUGUGGAUAACGCGGUGGUAAUACUUCGUCCUAAACCAAGUAAGUUCUUCCUUUGUUUGCAGGCUGACUUUUUUCAGCGGUUUAAAGUACCAUAAACCGGCGCUGAAAUUGAGACCAUGACGUCACAAUUCUGUCUUACAGGAAGUGAAAGUGACAAAACUUUAAUGGUCCUUUUAUACUGUCAAGGAAACCUUCAUCAUUGUGGCGACAAUUUCGAUAAAGUUAUAUGAUCAACAUGUUUAGCUUAUGUGGAUAAGCUAUGAAGUUAUAUCUCUGAUGGUAACCAAACUGAUCAGAUAAUUAUAACUGUGAGAGGUUUGUACAAGAAUUUGGCAAAGCCUCACUGUUUUGAUUCCCAAAAAUUUCUUUUAGACUGCAUCACUGCCAAGACAUGCGAAGAAUGCAUUGAGAGGAGAAACUCCACUGAGUUUCAUUGCAACUGGUGCCAAAGCCUUGAAAGGUUUUUGUCUUUUCCUGUUUUCCUGAGGCAUUUUAAUCAUUUUUUUAGGGUAACACCUUCUUCUACAAAAUUUGUAGAUAAUAGGAAAGCCGAAUCCAAUCAGUUAUUGAUUGACAUUAUUUAUUCGAAAUAAUUCACCCUCCGAAAUUAUGCAGAAAAUAAAGAGAAAAACCAAUAGUUCUAGCUGACGGCACCUUCUACAUUUUCACAGUGAUUAUCAGCAUUCUUAGCAUCCUGUACUAUCCUUUGACGUAAUUUCACCGGAUAUCGCAUAUCGCAGACAGUCCAAGUUUGCUCAACGUUAGCUGGUCAUGAAAUAUUAGCGGGCGGAUUUGGACCAAUCAGAAACGAAGAAUCAUUUUAUCCUUAACGAUAUAAUUAUCAUUAUUAUCCGUCACUGGCUGGCAUUGUACGCAGUUAAUGGUGUUUCUGUGACCGAUUCACGUCUUUUUCUGUCUCUUGGUUUCUAUAUUUUGGCUUUUGUUGUUUUUUUUUAUACCAGGUGCUCGGAUGGAUUUGACCGCCAUCGUCAAAAAUGGCUCUCUUCGGGCUGCAACAAUUCAGGAAUUUUUGAAGUAAGUUACUACGCCGUUUAUGGGAAAACUAGACAAAGCAGAAGUUAAAUUUUGUAGUUAACCAACAAACAGAGCAUUCACGUCGAUCAUCUAAAUAAAAGAAACACUUUGAGACUCGCUUGGACAUAUUGAAAGAGCUGAAAGUGUCAUUCAAAUUAUUCUUCAGUCUGAAUAAACACCGUUACGGAAAAGUAUGCUCGACGGUUUAAUAGGAAUACAUGGUCACGAUUUCAGUGUGGCCCAUUUGGUGCAGAUAUUCAGACGUUAGAAAUUAAACAGAUAAGACGUUUUUAUUGAUAAUCGAUUGAUUUGAGGUUGAUUCAGAGCAACUAGCUGUAGAAGUCAUGGAAUAUUUCAUCAAGCUGUUUUUGUGUGUAGCGUAUGACAGGUGACUGGUUUUGUGUAAAGUGCAAAUCUCAUCAUGUUGCAGAUGUCUUAAACGGUAAACAUGACGACAAAGUGCUGAUUUUUUUUUUUCAAUUUCUGGAGUAAGUUACAGGGUUUACCUUGCGCAGAGAACAUAGGGUUAUACGACUGCGUUGAUGUUGCACAGCCUUACUCGUCAUGUUACUUCGCCUAAAUUUUCUCCGUAUAGUGCCAACAAACAGUGUUUUUCUUUUUCAAUAAUAUUUCUUGGUUCUUUGUAGGUAGACAAAUGUGGAAGCUCAAAUGAUCAACUUCAAAUAACAGCUAAAGACAGCUCGGGCCCGCUUACUCCAUGGAUAAUAGCGGUUAUUUGUUUGGGUGCCAUAGCUUUGCUGAUCUCUGGGACGUGGUUGAUUUAUGCUUUCACCCAUCCUAACUCUUCAUCAGGGCUUUGGCUCCGUCAGGUUUGUAGCCUCACUGUCUUAUACAAGUUUACAGUUAGAAUACAAAAAGACUGAAGUAAAGACAACGGAUUUGCGGUAAUAAGCCUUCUUCUACAGCCUGACUGAUUAACGGCGGCAAACGGGAAAACGCUUUAUUACGGCAAAAAAGGGAUAAACUGACAAGAUUUCUUUGUCUCUUGUAGCAUGGCCCGGGACGAUUUUGCCGAAAAAGAAAAGAGAAGAAUCAAGAUAGUGGCCCAACAAACCCUUCCGUUUUCAACAAAAUCCUCAGUUAAUGACUGACCGCAUCGAGAAAAUUACACAGUAAAGUAAUCUAGAAAGUUCCAAAGAAAGCGACAUUUAUAGUAUGGAAAUGGUCUUGUGUUCAUCUCGAAAAAUCUCGAAUUUCGCAAACGUGAGGUGUUUGAUACAGUUUUCUAACCUGCGAUCAGGCGUUUUUUUAAAGAGCGAGGGAGGCGAAAGGGAAAAAAAUAACGCCCUCUUCCCCAUGGCGAGAGACACAAAGGGAUAAUAGGGAGAGGGCAUGAUCAAUGUUCAGUCGGAAGACCAGACCAGCACUUUUCGAUUGCCUCAGAGCUGAGACCUUCUGCUCGUUAGAAAGAUACUAAAUUUGUAACACCAAUAGACUUUGACAUGAAAGUUGUCCUGUUUUUGGCAGAAUCGAUAUUAACAAGACAUCGAUGAACAGAAAUGUUCGAAAUAAAAGAAAGCAAAACUUUUGUGCGAUCUAGACGUGCCAUUGAAAAUAUGACAUCAAAAACUUGAAUUAUGGUACAACACUUAUUAUUAUUCAUUCAAAGUAUUUCGCCGUUUCUGAUUGGCUCCAAUCCGCCGACUUAAUCUUCAUAACCAACUUGCCCUUACCAUAUUUGGAAGAUACGAAAAAUAUACCAUCGAUUCGAUGGUAUAUUUGAUUGGAACGAGGCUGAUUGGGCAAUAGUGGACUAAAUAAAAUGAGGUUAACGGCUAUCCGAAGAC